UCCAAUUCCAAACCCACGAAUGUGCUGCUGAAGCUAGCUCCAAAGUUGGCGAUUUCCUCCGAUUAAACUCGGAUUUCUAUCAAUUUCAGCUUCUGGGGACUGUUGGAUCUGUUGAAGAAGCUCGUUUUUCCAUAGGUUCCCUCAGCACCUUGAUGAUCCUACCCAGUUUGCUGGAGUUUCCCUGAUAUUUUUGAGUUUGUUCAGUUCCCAGAACUUGCACCACUGCUAUAAUGUCAAUGUUAUCAAAAUUACGCUGUAUCACCUUCGAUGUCACGGGUACACUCAUAGCUUACAAAGGUGAGCUUGGUGACUACUAUUGCAUGGCAGCCAAAUCUAUUGGACUGCCAUGUCCUGACUACAAAAGGGUCCACGAGGGCUUCAAACUUGCAUACACAGAGAUGGCAAAGAAGUAUCCAUGUUUUGGAUAUGCAGCAAAAAUGCCUAACAUUGUGUGGUGGAAAACUUGUGUUAGAGACUCUUUCGUCAGGGCAGGAUAUGAUUACGAUGAGGAGACAUUUGAGAAGGUGUUCAGACGUAUAUACUCAACAUUUGGUUCAUCUGCACCAUAUACCAUCUUCCCUGACUCCCAACCAUUUCUCAGAUGGGUACAUGAAAAGGGUCUUAAAGUUGGGAUCGUUAGCAAUGCAGAGUAUCGGUAUAAAGAUGUCAUCCUUCCUGCCUUGGGUUUGAACCAGGGAACCGAAUGGGAUUUUGGCGUGUUCUCUGGUCUUGAAGGUGUAGAGAAACCAAACCCCAGGAUUUAUGAGAUUGCCCUUGAAAGGGCUGGAAACAUUGCACCAGAAGAGGUGUUGCACAUUGGUGACAGCAUGCGCAAAGACUAUUUGCCAGCGAAGAGUGUGGGGAUGCAUGCACUUCUGUUGGACAGAUUUAAGACCCCCGACGCCAUUGAGUGGUCCAAAUCUGGCGCAACUGUGCUUCCUGAUUUGGCGUCGGUGCAGGAAUGGCUCACUUCACAGAACUAAACCUGCCUGCUAAUGACUUCCCAUCCUUCCCAAGAACUCACCCAUCCUCUGUAUUUUUUCCCCCCUUGGACAUGAACAUGUCAUGGCUAUUACUUACCAAUGGGUGUGUCCCUCUUAAGAUUUGUGGGUUUUGAUGGGAGAAACAGAUACUAUUACCAUAAUAGCCAAAUGUUAUGAGCUUGAUCUUAAAGAAAGUUACAGAUGUUCUUCAUUC